AUGGAGGGUCUCCUUCCUUUGAUACAGUUGGCUGGAACAAGAGCCCUGGUACGUUCAGACAAUGAGACGAGCUACCCUGGAGCGAGACCUCCUCCGCCGGGCGUGACACCAGAUUUGCAGCAUCCAAGCGGCCCCGGACACAAGGCGAACCUCAUCGGAUUCAUCGUCUGCAUUUCCGUGGGCACGUUAUUCUUCGCGUUGCGGUCAUACGUCAAGAUUCGCAUCGUCCGCAAUUCCUUCCUCGAGGAUGUGACUUGCACGAUAGCCUGGUGGCUAUAUGCAAGCUCCAUCGCCUACUGUCCGGCAGCCUUCUUCACCAAGGCGACACUCCUGCUGCUCAUCGCGCGCGUCUUUACGGUAGAGGAGCGCGUCUCCCGGGCUAUAUAUGCCUUCAUCAUCUUCAUCUUCAUUCUGUACCUUCCCAUCCAGGUGCUCAAAACGGUCAUCUGCAACCCGAUACGAUCGUACUGGGACGAGCGCGUCAUGGGGCACUGUCUGAACCAACGAAAGAUCUUCCUCGUGGACCUCUCCGUCGCCAUUCUCACUGACCUUGUCAUCCUGCUCCUCCCGAUCUCGUUGACCUGGCACCUGCGCUUUCCCUUCAAGACGAAGAUGAAGGUCGUGGCUCUCCUGGGCGCGGGAGGUGUCGCCGUUGCCACGACCGUGUACCGCAUGUGCAAGGCUGUCGAGUUCAUGCACACGAAUGAUCCAAGCGCAGAUAUCAUUGCCUUGGACCUGUCAACGAUAGUGGAACUCACGAUUGGGCUCAUCUGUGCCUGUCUCCCGGCUCUCAACAUGCUCUUCCAGCAUCGCCCGAAACCACGCCCUGACCCCAACUCACCUCGUACUGGCAAUCGAAAGUCGUGGCCCGGCUGGCGCGGCAAGCUGGCCUCGUCAAGCACGGGGACAAAUAUGACUCGGCAUUCGAAAUCACAAAGCACAGAGCCGUUCCGCGCUGGUGAUUCAGAGGCAGCGUCCAAGGUGCCUGUCAACUUCGAUAUCGAGCUAGCGAUGCUGUCGAAGGGGGUCAACAAUGCGAAUACCGACACACCCGCUCCAGCAGAAGGAUGCCCGGAACAAGAGCACUGGUUUGUCGGCGAACGGGCGACGUCUCUGGAUGGGCGACGCGAGGGGUGGCUGAGCCGUGACACUAAGCAGCAAAACCAGUGAAAACAGACUGGAACCGAAUCUUUGAUGGGAUCUGUGAUUCCUCCUCGGCGCUAGGGAUUCUUACGAGAUUGACGGCGUGGCAGAAUACAGCCCAAACGACGAGCAAUUGUAGACCAUAAUGCCUUAUUAUUUAUUUGCCG